AUGACUUGCUGCUCCUGCUGCGCUAGAACAGUUAUUGGAAUUGUCAACUUCAUUGUUCUUCUCAUUCUUGGCCUAUGUGUCUUCAUUGGUUGGGCUGCAAUCAAAAAGAAUAACCUUGAUACUUUAGGCAAAGCAAAAACAGGUGUAAUUAUGAUGAUUGUUGUUUUCGUAUUUGUUGCAAUUGUAUGCAUUCUUGGCUUCCUUAUUAUUUGCUUUGGUAACAUUAAAUGCUACAGAGUCACAUACGCAAUCCUGUUCAUUGUAGUUGUUGUUAUUGAAAUUGUUAUCAUUGCCGUAGCAAUUGGUAUUGUAAAGAAGAUUAACACUACUGUUCAAGCUUGGUGGGAUGAAAACAAAGGCAAAGAUACAAUCAAAAGUAUCAAAGAAGGCUUAGAAUGCUGUGGUUACAAGACACCAUAUAGCGAAGAAGAUAUGAAGAACUGUGGUUAUCACAACACAACUGCAACAACAAUUGAAACUUGCACCCAACAAGUAGAUGAUCUUAUCAAAGCAUGGAAGAAGAUUCUUCUAGGUGUUGGUAUCUUUGUUAUUGUAAUUCAAGUAAUUGUACUUGCUUUCGCUCUUUAUCUUGCUUUCUGGUAUGAAAAAGAAUAA